AGAACUUCUACCGAAAAUGGAGGUCAUCCGAUGAUCGAAUCUACAGAUCGCGAGACCACAUUUAGAUAUAAUUUCUUUGCUAUUUUCGCACGGAGCCGGUUGUUAGUCCUCAAAACAGAAAAUGAAGACCAUGAAAGCAAAAUCUAAAAAUAAAAAAAAUAGUACGAAAUUUGGAAAAAUAAAAUUUGGUACAAAAGAAACAAGUAAUGUGAUUACUCCAGAUUUAUCAGCUUUAAGAAAACCAAUUGACAUAAGUGUUUCAAGAUUGUCUCAAGUUAGCAAACUUCUUGAAAAUGGUAGUGAUGAGGUUAAAGCAAUUUUAGCUUAUGAAUGCGAUAUUGUGUAUGAGUGCCGUGUUUGUCGUAGUUUAUUUAGAAGCCUCGUUAAUUUCAUUUCUCACAAAAGAGUAUACUGUAAAGAAAAAUUUAAUAUUACUUUAAAUAAAAAUGCUCUUACUGAUGAUGAUGAGGCAUAUACCAAAGGUUCGUUUAUACGUUUACAUAUACCAGAACAAGAGGUAGUGAAGGAAAAUUGUAAUAACGAUAGAAUUCUUAGAAGUCAUGUACCUAAAGAAGAAAACAAGAAAGAUCUCACUACUAUAAUAGAUAUGCUUCAAAAGAAGCAAAGAUUACGUGGUAAUCAUAAUUCACAAGAAAUGAAACUUAAUAACAAUCAUAACAAUUUUAAUAUCCUGGAUUUAAAUAAUGUUAGUACAUGCGAUGAAAUUGAUAAAUCAGAAAUUUCUAUUAUUUAUCAAACUGAUUUAAAUGAAGCAAAGGCACCAAACUUACAAACUAUGAUAAACCAAAGUACUGGAAUAUUAGGACCCAAUGGUCAACUUUUAGAAAAAAAGGAUAUAUACGAAGAUAAUAAUUUGAUCCCAACUUUAGCAAACGAUGAAUAUAAUGAAUUUUGCAUUGACCAACUGUCUACUACAAAUUUGAUUUGUUCUAUAUGCAAUGCUAAGUUUUCCACCAAAAAGACCUUAACGUUUCAUAUGAAAACAUUACAUACAUCUCAUCGUAUGUGUUAUCCGUGUCCUUGCUGUACAAGUACAUUCGUGAAUACAUGGAGUGUAUAUCGCCAUCUCUUUAAAAUUCACAGAAUGUCAAACGAACAAGUACGGAAGUUGAGAAUACAAAUUCAAGAGAAAGCAUUUCGUAAGGAAAUAACACAAGCAGAUGAUACAGAGCAAGAUAAUUACAAAUCUAUUGAAAUUAUAGACUUACACGCGUCUAACGAAACUCGCGAAUGGAUGAAUCAUUUGGAAACAGAUUCAGAGCUUCAAAGAUGUGGUGGAUGUGGCAAAAAAUUUGAUAGGAAGGCUGCUUUAUUUUCACACUCGCAACAUUGUCAGAGACGAAUUGCUGCAUAUAGCGAAGCUAUAACUAAAGAAAAGAAGACUGCAAAAAAUUCUGCAGAAACAACAACGAAUAGUAAUACCAUAUUUAACGUACCGGGCACUGCAGAAAUUUCUCCUGAAAUAACUGAAUUAAAUGAAACAUCUAUUCGUGUAGAAAACAUCACUACCCUAACAGAUGCAGACUGGGAUAUGAUUGGCAAUGAGCAUUCUAAUGGAAGUAUCGAUGUAGUUAGUGUUUCAUCAAACAUAGGUGUUUCUCAAAGUCAAGAACUAUCUAAUAACACGAGUAAAGAUUCGUCUCCGUCCAAUAAUACUUUGGAUUUUCCUGAAAUUGUAUAUACAUCUGAAACAGUUGCUGUAAAGCAUGGAAGUAAAAAAAGAAAAGUAGUGGUAGAUAAUCAGCUGAAAAUAUUAAAUGAUAUUAUAGGAACAAAUUUAAAUUCAGGCAAUAAUAUUAACUCAAAUUUAAAUUCAUCAUCUUCUGAAGUAAGAAGCCAACUUGAUCAUACAACAAUAAUGGAAAAUAAAAUAGCUACCAUUGCAAAUCUUCGAAAGUUACAGUGCCUUCCAUGUAAAAGGAAAUUUACAUCAAUGACGAAUUUACGUAGACAUAUGGCCAUUCAUAUUGGUUGGAAUCGAUAUCGUUGCAAGUUAUGUAACUUUAAGUGUUUUGUAAAAUAUGAUUGUGUCGCUCAUUGUAAUAAAAUGCAUAAUGCUCAAAAUAAUCGUACAAUUAUAACAGAUAUGGUUGUAGAAAUACCACAGAAUCAAUAUACAUGUAAUGAAGACAUUGUCAUUGAUGUAACUAGUACGGAAGAAAAUGUAAAUGAAUCUAGAUCGAUUAAUUCUUCCAAUUCUGCAGAUCACUAUAAAAUAAAGAAUGCGACUGUGGAUAAAAAUCAUAAAAAUGUAGUAAAUGCGAAUGUUGACAAUACAAAAGCUGAUAGUAAAGAAGUAUCUUGCUCCAGUGAUAACGGCGAUAACGUUUCUAUUACAGUCAACAAUGAAAACAACAACACUUCAAAUUUUAGUAAAAACAGUGAGAACUAUCAUACCCGAACACUGGACAGUGAUCCUGAUCUUAAAAGAAUGGUUAUGGAAGUCAUUUUUGGCACGCCUGAUGAAUGUUCUCCAAAACAGCUAGAAUCAGAAAAACCAAGCUUUACGAUUGAUACGAAUUCUGAUAAAAAAAUGGAUAGCAAUGAAAAUAAAACGGACUGUCAAAAUAAAGAUUGGAAGGAUUCUAAUUCUUCAGUAUCAACAGAUACUUUAAAACCUCAACGUCCUAUACGGAAUCGUGUAAAACCAGUGAAUAAAGAUUUUAUUUAUGAUCUAAAAGAAGCGGCUUUUCGUAAAGAAACUGUACUUGCUAAGGGGACGUCGUGUAAAACAUUAAAUAAAAAAUCUUUCGUUCGUUUACACAAUGGAGAAGAAAAUUCAGACAUUCCAGUAGAACAACUAUCAUCAAAAGAUUCUGUUGUGCCACUGGUAGUACCAUUAGGACAAGAUAAUAAUGCAGAUAAAAUAGAGGUUAAAACAAAGUCAACAAAUUUAAAACCUACUGCAAUGAAAAUUUCACGUGUGCCACAUUUUACACAGCAAGCUGAAAUCACAAUAAUAGAAGAAAAGUAAAACUGAAGAAGUUCUAUAUUUAUACAUAUUUCAUUAAAAUUGUGUUUUAAUUUGGAGUUAUAUUUUCGUUAUUUGUUUACGGAUAUUAAAUUUAUGUACAUUAAAAUAUUAAUUUGUGAGAUAUAAUAUACAUGGCACAUAGUGACAUGUAUAAUAAUACAAGCAUUGCAAAAAGUACUGUUUUAUGAUUAAGUAUUGUAAAUCUCAAUGUAUAACAUUAAAUAAUUGUGUCUAUUAAUAAUAUUGCAUAAUAUUAUAUUUAAUGAAAGCAAUUUUAAAUUUUGGUAACGUACUAAAAUUAUAUAUAAAGUAUAUUCGUACUUUACAUAUAGUAUCUAGGCUUUUUGUAAAAAG